AGUCUGAAAAAGUGGAGGAGCUUCAGAAAAAUGUUUCCAGAAGUGAGAAUGAAACACUACGAAAUGGGAUAGAUGGUUUGCACAGUAUAACACCAACACAAAAAGAAGUGCUCCCAACAACAACUAAAAUCACUUCUGUGACUGCAGUAAAACCAUCUCCAGCCAAAGAAGAUUCUCUGCUCAGUGUCCUCUCUCAUGCGGUGACUGUUAGUCCUGUAUCUCAGAUGGAUGUUGAUGCUUCUGAAGACACUAAAAUUGAGGAAGAGGAUCUUCUAACAGAUUUGAAAGAUACACUAAAUAGUUCACCGCCCAUAAUAAAAGAAACUCUGGAGUCUGAUGGAGAUGACUAUGGUCCUUAUGAAAUGACAUCAAAUGCGAGAUACAGUCCAGACCUCCUAGAUAUGCCAGAAGAUGAGGACUCUGACCCCAUUACUAAUUAUAAUGAGGAGAUUAAAUCCCAUGAAGAGAAGAUUAAAGAUGCUGCUGUUGCAGAUUUGGAAGAAGACAGCCACUUCUUUUUUCAUCUGGUUAUAGUUGCCUUCUUAGUAGCUGUUGUUUAUAUCACCUAUCACAACAAGAGGAAGAUCUUCUUGUUGGUCCAGAGCCGAAGGUGGCGGGAUGGCCUGUGCUCUAGAACAGUGGAAUAUCAUCGUUUAGAUCAAAAUGUUAAUGAAGCGAUGCCUUCCUUGAAGAUAACCAAUGAUUAUGUAUUUUGAAAGCACUGUGAUUUGCGUUUGCUGAACUUCUCAGUCUUUGCCUGCCUAGUCAUGUAAUGAUAUUCAGGUAUUCUAAAUAUGCCGCUUGUGCUGAAGUGAGGGGGACUUCCUCAGACGCAGAUAUUUUUGGGAUUAAAUCUCAUGCAAGGUCAAGGGCAUGAUGCAUCUGUUUGCUACUUUGGUCAGGUUUUAAAUCAGCUAUACAGAUAGAGAGUUUAAUAUUUAGUGCCCUUUCUGUUUGUUAAGUAUCUUCCCUUCUGUCUAGAGCAGUCUUAAUAGUGGUAAUGCAAAAAGUAAGCAUCAAAUAUCUUAAGUCUAAUAAAUUAACGUUGGGCAUCACUGAAUCAAAUUAAUGAUCUCUUUGCUAAUCACUUAAAUGGCUCAUAAAUCCUACUGCUUUACAGUUUGAAAAAAUAAUUAGUUUUUUUCUGUGCUUAAAUCCUGGUGCUG